AUGGAAACCCUAGAAGACGAACAACCGGAUGAUCGAUCGGCGCAGAAAGCCAAAAUUUCAUUCCCUGAGGAACUCAUCGAAGAUAUCCUUUCCAGAAUCCCCGUGAAAUCCAUCCUCCGAUUCAAAUCUGUCUCUAAACCAUGGCUCUCUCUCAUCUCCGCUCCAUCAUUCCACAAACUCCACUCCACCGUUGCCCCUCGUACCACCGCUUUAUUUUUUACCGCUCACGAUUCAUCCACAGGCACACGAUACUUCUUCUCCGGUGCUAAUGACGGUGGACCAGUCGCUAAUCUUAUGAAACUCGACAACACUGUCUUCGACGCAGCCCAUAGAUCUGCCGAACAUUUGAAGGGGUUAGUAUGUUUUACUUCCCGGGAUACUCUUUGUGGUAAACUGUAUGCUUUUGUUUUUAACCCUACCACACACAAGUUUUUCAAACUCCCUGAUCCUCCUGUUCCCUUACGGAAUUACACUGAUGAAAAAAAGGGUGAUUAUUACUUGUUUGGGUUCAAUGAACUAAGUAAUGAACACAAGGUUUUGUACAUUGAUGUUGAAUUGUUUAAAUCUACUACAAUUGAGAUUAUGAUUUUCUCCUUCUCAAGUUACUCAUGGAGAAAGAUCAAUGUGGAUCUUCCUGAUGGUGUGACUGCUUGGCGUUGGUGGUUUGGCAACAAAAAUAGUGUUUGUGUCAAUAGCACCAUACAUCUGUUGCUUCGAAAUCCACUUCAAAUUUUGGCAUUUGAUUUAACAACAGAGAUGUUUUCUGUUGUUAACAUACAUCCAGAGGGGGCUCCCGAAACUAUAUCAACAACCAUAUCUCCGUUUGCACAGCUGGUAAAAAUCAAUGGCUUAUUAGGUGUAGCUUGUUACGAUCCCUGGACCGUGAAUGGAAGAAACAGAAUGGACAUUUGGAUGUUGCAAGAUUAUCAGAAUCGAGUUUGGGUCGGAGAAACCAUUUGGUUCGCUUCCAAGUCUCAGAUCCAUUAUGGUUACCCGUUUGAUUCUAUCAGCGGCGGAUUCCAAAACCGCCUCACACUCGUCAUUAAAAUUAAGGCGGCGGGGGUUAUCGGCGGCAGGAACCUCAGAGAAGUUCUAGCUCUGGUGAAGGAGCUUCUAGAAGGUGUAAAAGAUGAAGGGAAGAUGAUGCAGUUUGUUAGUUAUCAGGUGAGAAGACCGUCGGGAAAAGUUAAAGGGGUUUUGAGUUUUUCGUAUGAGUUUGGAGAGAAGUUUACCGGUAAACUGGAAGAACCGGUGAUGGCGUAUCCACCAGGUUCGCGUUGUAAAUUUGUGGAAUGUUGGUUGAGAUCAGACGUUUAUGAAGCGAUUUAG